AUGCGUUGGGGGCUGGCUCUUUUGGUUCUGGUGGCCUUGGUUGUCGUGGCCACGGAGGCUCAAAAAAAUAAAAGAACUACAAAAGCCCGGGUUUUGGCCAAUACCACGCCCCGAAAAUCACGGACCAUCAAAGCGAACCGUCAAUUAAAAACUCGAACUGGAAAUACAAAGAGAUCGCUGAACGCCCGUCGGUCCUCCAGAACUUCCCGGCGGCGAUCGGCCAUUAUAAUUGGUAGUGGAAGCACCAGUUCCAGUAGCAGCAGCUCCACUCCUGCCGCCCGUUGUGUGACCACCACCUGUAAUGCCAACACCAAUGUCUGUGGCAGGUGGGCUUCCACCAGGAGAUGCCAUCGAUUCAGGAACAAUUGUCAGUUGGAACGAACCAAUUGCAAUGCAAGUGGAUCAAGCUGGAACAGAGUCAAUAUUGGCAACUGCUCUAGUAUUUCGGUGAACUCUUCUGGAACAUGUACCAGCACUUUCUCCACAUCCAGCUCAUCCUCCGGUUCUGGAUGGUCCAACAUAUUGUCCUCCAUCCUGGGCACAUCCUCGACAUCAUCCUCGUCGAAUGUGAUUCCCAUAAUUAUAAGAAGAGGUUAACAAUUCGAAAGAAAUAUUAAAAAAAGGCUUAAAUAUUGGUUUUUCAAUUUAUUUUUUUUUGUCAAUUUUAGUUAGAGGGUUUUAUGUUUAAAAAAAUAUUUAAAAUCAGUUCUAACCAUUAAUGAACAAACUGUAAUUUGUGAAUAAAACACCAA